GUCCCUUCGCUUCCCCCAGAGGCUGUGGCAGUGCUGGCUCGGGGAGACCCCGCGGCGAGCGGAGCGUGAGCGCCCCCGGGCACCAUGACCGACGUGGCCAUCGUGAAGGAGGGCUGGCUGCACAAGCGAGGGGAGUACAUCAAGACCUGGCGGCCCCGCUACUUCCUGCUCAAGAACGACGGCACCUUCAUCGGCUACAAGGAGCGGCCGCAGGACGUGGAGCAGCGCGAGUCGCCCCUCAACAACUUCUCCGUGGCGCAAUGCCAGCUGAUGAAGACCGAGAGGCCCCGGCCCAACACCUUCAUCAUCCGAUGCCUGCAGUGGACCACGGUCAUCGAGCGCACCUUCCACGUGGAGACCCCCGAGGAGCGGGAGGAGUGGACGACUGCCAUCCAGACGGUGGCCGACGGGCUCAAGAGGCAGGAGGAGGAGAUGAUGGACUUCCGGUCGGGCUCGCCCAGCGACAACUCGGGGGCCGAGGAGAUGGAGGUGUCCCUGGCCAAACCCAAGCACCGCGUGACCAUGAACGAGUUUGAGUACCUGAAGCUGCUGGGCAAGGGCACCUUCGGGAAGGUGAUCCUGGUGAAGGAGAAGGCCACGGGCCGCUACUACGCCAUGAAGAUCCUCAAGAAGGAGGUCAUCGUGGCCAAGGACGAGGUGGCGCACACGCUCACGGAGAACCGCGUCCUGCAGAACUCGCGGCACCCCUUCCUGACGGCCCUGAAGUACUCCUUCCAGACGCACGACCGCCUCUGCUUCGUCAUGGAGUACGCCAACGGCGGCGAGCUCUUCUUCCACCUGUCUCGCGAGCGCGUGUUCCCCGAGGACCGGGCCCGCUUCUACGGCGCCGAGAUCGUGUCGGCCCUGGACUACCUGCACUCGGAGAAGAACGUGGUCUACCGGGACCUCAAGCUGGAGAACCUGAUGCUGGACAAGGACGGGCACAUCAAGAUCACGGACUUCGGGCUGUGCAAGGAGGGCAUCAAGGACGGGGCCACCAUGAAGACCUUCUGCGGGACCCCCGAGUACCUGGCCCCGGAGGUGCUGGAGGACAACGACUACGGCCGCGCCGUGGACUGGUGGGGGCUGGGCGUGGUCAUGUACGAGAUGCUGUGCGGCCGCCUGCCCUUCUACAACCAGGACCACGAGAAGCUCUUCGAGCUCAUCCUCAUGGAGGAGAUCCGCUUCCCGCGCACGCUCAGCCCCGAGGCCAAGGCCCUGCUGUCGGGGCUGCUCAGGAAGGACCCCAAGCAGAGGCUUGGAGGGGGCUCUGAGGACGCCAAGGAGAUCAUGCGGCACCGCUUCUUCGCCGGCAUCGUGUGGCAGGACGUGUACGAGAAGAAGCUCAGCCCGCCCUUCAAGCCCCAGGUCACCUCGGAGACGGACACCAGGUAUUUUGACGAGGAAUUCACAGCCCAGAUGAUCACUAUCACGCCCCCGGACCAAGACGACAACAUGGAGUGUGUGGACAGCGAGCGGAGGCCCCACUUCCCGCAGUUCUCCUACUCGGCCAGCGGCACGGCCUGAGGCGGCCAGCCCGGUGCUGGUGGACCCGCCUCCGUGGGGCGGGAGGAGCCCGCAGCGCCCAUCUUCCGUGGAUGUGUCUCUGGAGGCGAUGGGGGAACACGCUCCAGCACGUGCGGGAAGACGCUCGUGCCGUGGGCAGGGCUGCCCUCACGCGGAGGGGAGGCCGUCCUGCCGUUUUUCUUAAUUUAUUUCAUCCAGUUCUCCAGGCGUGGCCUCGCCUUCGGACGAGAUUCACGCAGGAAACGCUGAGGACUGCAGCAGCCAUGUGCAAUUUGGGGUCCGGUGGCCCCUGCCCGCGCCCCUCGGCCCCCCUCGCCACCUGUCCCUGGCUGCCCGCUGUCCCCGCCCGCCCGGAGGCACCAGGAUGGGCCGGGGCAGGCCCGCGGCGACGGCCAGGAGUGCCGAGCAGGCGGCUGAGCCCGUCGCUGUGUUGCUGUUCGUGUGCGUCGGGGCUAAUCUUAGAGAAGAGCCCCCCCCCCACCCCCCGACGCCCCCCCCCACGCCUCCCCUGUAGCGCCUGUCCUGUCCUAGAAGCUUCUCUCCCGCCGCCCGCCUGGCCAGACACCGCGCUGCACCAUGGCGUUUUUUUACAUCAACUUUAGUAUUUUUACUAUUACGAGACUCUCCCUCCAAACUCCUCAAUAAAAACGCUUUUCAACUUGG